AAGCGUAUUCAGAAACCGCACUAAAUGUGCAAAUGGCAGCAUAUCUUCGUAUUGAUUUCCUUACUGCCACGUAGACAUGGACUUGAGAGGCGGGAUUCCUUGCUCGGUAAGCAUUUACCUUCAGUGCCUUUUGAUAAGGUCGAUAAGCUAUUAUCGGAAAUAGAAACAACCCAUAGAGCUCUCCGCAUAAAUCGGCAGUCAUGUAACAACAGCUCAAUUCAAGUAAAUGGUCUGGCCAACGGUUCCUCUUUACUGGAAAGCACAGAAAAGCAGAUACUGCUUUUGACACGACUUUUCAACACCAGCUGUCCAAAUGAAUAUCAUCGGGAAAUCCCGAGAGCACGCUCGGAUUAUAAAUCAUUCCAUUAUCCAUUUGUACCAGAAUAUGAAUAUAAUCCGAAUUGUCCUCAAAACACAAAACCUUGCAAGGGAUUAAGCCCUACUACUACUACUCCUGCUACUACUACUACUACUACUACUACUACUACUACUACUACUACUACUACUUCUACUACUACUACUACUACCACCACAACUACUCCUACUACUACUACCACCACUACCACUCCUACUACUACUACGGUGCCUACAACUACUUCUCCUAAAACUAUUCCAUUUGUGGAUCCUACCUCCACACCAGGCCCCACUGGCUCAGACGAGGAAUAUGUGAUACAAAACAUAAACUUUUUUAGAAAUGAUGUAUAAAUAGUAAUUAUAAUAUUAUUUUUAGAUAUUAA